AUGUCUGGCCACAAAAAUGAUCGCCAGCGGACUAAUCCCGCUUGCGACUCAAGUGAUGAAGAGCCUCAGCCAGAAGAGCCCCGAACCUAUCGCUCCCGCGUCGAAGAGUAUGCAAACAAACCUGACUGGCCUCGUCAACCUCUCUACGAAAUUAACGAAAUCGUUUACGUCAAGGUUCCUGGUGAAAGACAGCCUGCAGGACCGUAUAUAAUCAUCUCGACCAACUUCGAAAACAGGACGUACGGGCUCAAAAGGCAAGACACUGGCCAGACGCACUCAACAGCGGUGGCGGAAGUUGAUCUCCGGGUGCUCGUUUGAGCAAGGGGUUUUUAUUCGUCGCUUAUGAGGCAACCAGAGGGGGGCGCAGUGGUGCCGCAGUAUCCAUGCAUCCCCCAAUUGGAGGAACAGGAGCGGACUUGGUUGAAACACGCAGGAAUCACAAAGUUAGG